AUAGAGUGGUCAUAAUAGUUUGUAGGUCAAACCGUUUCGCGAGAAGACCGAUUUUCGGGAUGCGUCAAUCGACUAAUGGAUUUCUUAAACGAAGCAGGGAGGGACCUAACUUUUGCAACUGUUUUGGACUAAUUACACUCUGAACACAGACUAAAUGAGACAGCCGAACUUCCCCCCCAGGCGAGGAAACGGAAUCCAUGGACCAGGAAGGAAGGAAUGACACAAACAUUGUUUAGCUUGCUUCACCGACAUAACAAACACAAAUGUCACAUUUGUGGUGAAUUGUGCUAGUUAGAUUAACAUGUAGUCGAUGGAAGUUAUUUCAACCUAGCAUGCGUUUUUAGCUAGCCGGUUAACUUACUAGCGAACUAAUACAUCAUUGACACAUCACAAGCUAGCUAGGCUAACGCGUUAGUCCGCUUUGAAAGGCUGGAAAGUCAACAUCAUACGGGGGAUUUUGCAGUAUUUACUAAUUCGGCUCGCUCAGAGAUGUUAAGUAUUUGUUUGUGUUAAUAACCAGAUGAAGUAACUAGCUAGUUAACGCUAGUAGCUAGUUACAGUAGCUAACUAACUUUGUUUUUUAAACUCGAUUAGUCCUGACAAGCUGUUUGCUAGCGGCUAACACUAGCUAACUAGCUAGCCUAGCUACGUGUUCCAUGCCAUGGAAAUGGUUUUGUUUGUUUGGAAACUUUCGUCUGGUUUCAUACUGUUGGUUGUGACAGUGCCAACGAAAUAACGUUAACUUUGGUUAAUUUUGAGCUAUCAUGGCUAAAAUAGAGAAUGGUCGCAAAUCGGCCGACUCAAGAAGUAUCAGGACAAUUAGCAGCAGUCAUAUGGACGACGAGAGCUCCCUUGGCUCAGACUCCGAGAUCAACGGCUUCACCAACGACAGGCAUACGGAUAAAUAUGGAUUUAUUGGAGGGGCGCAACAGUAUUCAGAAGAAUCGGCUCAGGACAUCCCUCCAGAGGUGCUGAGGCAGCGAGAGGUCAAGUGGCUGGACAUGCUCAGCAACUGGGACAAAUGGAUGGUCAAGAGACACAAAAAGGUGAGACUGCGGUGUCAGAAAGGGAUUCCUCCCUCACUGCGAGGCCGUGCUUGGCUUUACCUGUCAGGGGGAAAGGUGAAGAGGGAACAGAACCGAGGGAAGUUCGAGGAGCUGGACAGUCAGGCUGGAGACCCGAAGGAGCUGGAUGUGAUUGAGAAAGACCUGCACAGACAGUUCCCCUUCCAUGAGAUGUUUGUGUCACGGGGAGGCCACGGGCAACAGGACCUGUUCCGUAUUCUGAAGGCCUACACACUGUACAGGCCAGAGGAGGGCUACUGUCAAGCCCAGGCCCCCAUUGCUGCUGUGCUGCUCAUGCACAUGCCUGCUGAGGAUGCGUUCUGGGGGCUGGUCCAAAUUUGUGAGAAGUACCUUCCUGGAUACUACAGUGCUGGGCUGGAGGCCAUCCAGUUAGAUGGAGAAAUCCUGUAUGCCUUGACUCGGCGCGUGUCCCCUUUAGUCUACCGCCACCUGGAGAAACACAAGAUGGAGCCCAUCCUCUACAUGACAGAGUGGUUCAUGUGUGCCUUCUCACGCACCCUGCCCUGGGCCUCUGUGCUCCGCGUCUGGGACAUGUUCCUCUGUGACGGUGUGAAGAUCAUCUUCCGGGUGGGCCUGGUGCUGCUGAAAUGCAUGCUGGGUACCCGUGAGAAGCUGAAGGCAUGUCAGGGCCAGUAUGAGACCAUGGAGCUGCUGAGAACCAUAGAGCCACGCUACAUGCAGGAGGGCUUCCUAGUCAGGGAGGUUCUGGAGGUGCCUGUGUCAGAGCGGGACGUUGAAAGGGAGCACCAUGUUCAGCUGAAGCGCUGGAGGAAGAACCGUGGUGAGCUUCACUGCAAGUCCCCUCCCAGAAUGCACGGUGCUAGGGCUAUUAUGGCCUCGGAGCCUCCUAGUCGCCAGGACCUGCGUCAGAACCCCACCAUCAUCGUAGAGUCACCCCUGCCUCCCCCUCAGCCUACACCUCAGCUGAAGAAGGGAGAGAAGAGCAAGGAGGAAAAGAGCAAGAAGAAAGGAAGUAUGAAGAAAGCCCCUGCUCUCAUGGAGAUCCCCAACCCUUAUCCUUUAGCCGGUGACCCCCAGAGAGAUCCCCAGCUUCCACUGGGACAUCCUAUGCCUACUCUCAGAGACACAACAGUUCAGCAGCCCCUCGUCAAUGACACACCCCUCCCAAACACGCCUGAAGACUCUCCACCGCCACACGAACCACCGCUUAACAACCAGUCUCUUCUAACAGUGUCGCCCCUCCAGAAGUCCACACAGAGCCUGAGUAGCAUAGAGGCAGAUCAGGACACAUACCUGUAGCUCUUGCUUUGGGCAGAGGGUGGAACUGCAUGUCUGAAACUGGGCAUGAACAAGGUGGAGGAGUGAGUAGUAAAAGAGGAACUGGAACAAUCCCUGUGUUAUCCUGGACAUGACUCACUUCCACAAUGAGAGUCUAAAUCUGAUGUCACCCAGACACAAAAAUUAUUGCUCUGCCCCAGGCCAGGCAUAUGUGCCCCCUGACCUCUGUGGGAGAUUCCAGGAUAGCUCUACGGAGGAUGUUCCAGUUGUCAUUGGGACGAUCUCAAUGGCAUACCACUUGCGUCCUCUCUCCUCGUCUCCUUCUCAAAAGCCAUUGGAUGAGAAAGCCAGAGGUCUCUCCCCUCUGACUUUCUCCUCCUGGGGGUUUUGAGAAGGAGAUGAGGAGCGAGGGCACGAGGAGUAUGCCAUUGAGAUCUUCCCACUCACUCACUCUAGGCCCUCUGCAUGCCAACCAAGCCCUCUGUCUCUUUACAAGGCACUAGCACAGCUCUGCCAUCAACCUGCAACUGGGUGUAUCAUGGCCAAUGGCACUGUUGCCCAACCAUGUGCGACAAUUGUAUAUUUUUCUAUAGAUUUUUUUCCCUCCUCCUGCUUGCUUUUAUGACACCGUAUUGCCUAGACCACAGUCAGCAGCAUCCACUAAUGCAUCACUUCUAAGUGUUCUACUACUUUAAUCCAAAUGUUACCUCUUCAUUAUUCUUUACUCUGACUAUUAGUGAUGUGAAAGGGAGACAUGUUACUCAUUUACUGGUGGUGUAGUUAUUUGUAUACAUGAUGCAUUCCUUUUUCAUCAAAGACCUCCCAAUAGUGUAGCAGGUUCUAGGGUUUUACUCAACCUGCCUGCGUUUGGGCAAAAUGCACCUUUUUUUCUUUCUUCAAUAUUCAUUCAAAUCUCCAAAUCACCUGUGGUGUGUAGGAAAUAGGAAUGCCUAAGAGAGAGAAAUAUUGUUUAAAGUCCCAGUUAGCCUUUGUGAUAAGCAAAGAGUGCUUCCAUUCUUCACCACCAGAGAGCAGCCUUGGUAUGUGCUUCCAUCUGUUACAUUCCCCUUCCUAAAAAGGAACGCACAACAUUUUGUCUGAAAUUUACAAUACGAGGACAUCCAUUCCCUAUCAAUUCUGUACUUUCCAUACAUUCAAAGGAACUUCGUUAGCAUGCAAGCAUGUUUUACUUUCAAGUGAAAUGUGACAUGACGUGUGCCUCGUACGCGUGCAUAAAUCCUCCGGACCAGCAUGACUUGUGACUGUUUAUUCUCCUAGCCAGGUGGUAAUGGGCCUGAUGUCCUGAGACCAGACAAAUCCUCACUGUGCCAGGCUGUUCCUGUCCCUAUGUAGCGUAAGAUAAGUAAAAGGGAGAGAGGACUGGACAUUCCUCCCAAUAUGACACAUUCCUGCCCUUGGGUUCCUUAAAAGUCAAUUAGUCUUGUGGCUAACAUGCAUAGUUUUCUCUGUAUCGGUGUAUGUAUUAAUGCAUGUUCCUAUUUUUAACACUUUUUUGGGAUGGGUGGGGGUGCUGUGUGUGCCAUGCCAGUUAGCUGUGAAGUGUUGACAUCUGCUCCUUGCCACAGGUGUGCUAGGCGUUAUGGACCUGGCAGGCUAGUUACUGUAUCUCUGUGGUAUUGGAGAGAUGUGAAUGACCUCAUUGCUACACUGAGUGACCGAUCUAGAAGGCGCGAAGAUGGUAAUGAAAACAAAGAUGUCAUUAGAAUCAUCAGUGAUCCACUUCCUUUUACUAGAUACUUAGUUGUCUCAACGCAAUCGUUGCAGAUGGCCUUACUUUUGGGACAUUUUUGGAAUCUUCAUGUUUUGGGAGAACAUGGGAGCCUUUCCAUUUUUAAAUCAAUGUAAUUAAUUUGGGAACGUCGUGAGGCCUGUUAUGAUCCUGCCUUUUCUUUGGGGAAGAAAACAAACUAAUUGGACAGUGACCAAAACCUUCUUGAGGAAUUCAGUUUAGAGGGAGCUUAAGGUUUGCAAUCGAAGAUGUCAAAAGUUUAAAUAUUCUGUUUACAGCACUAUGGGAAAUUAUUCAUUAGGGAUUAAGAUGUGCAUGACUCAAUGCACAUCAAGUAUUAUUACACAUCAUUCCACUGAAUCCUGCAAGUUUUUUAUACAAGUCACCUCUAAGACCUCACUAAAAAGCAAUACCAGUUGAACGGAGGGCAAGUGAAAAAGCUACAAACAAAGUCUUUCUCCACCUAAGUGCAUAGUGGCCUGUAUCACAUACGUCCCAUUUUGCAGGUAUUCUAGUUGAACUUGAUGCUUCAAAUGUGUAGAUGAGACUAAUUUGUAAAAUAAUGUUAUUUUGUAAUGAACAUUUAUUUUUUCAAUUGUUUCCAUGCUACAUAUUUUAUUUAACAAACAAUAAUCAAAAUCCACCAUUUGCCAUAUCAUGGUAGACAAUUUUGACACUAGUUUCACAGUUUGAAAAGCAAACCCAAAAAGCAAUGCUUUCUUCCCUAGAAAUAUAUUCUCAGCAGAAUGCUGGUUUUGAUUGUGUUCUUCUGAAGAGACCUCUGGUAUUAAUGUCAACCAUCAGUAAAUAUAUCAUAUAAUCUGUAUUUCUCCUAGAAGUGGUUACAUAUUGUUGUUUUUACAAAUAAAAUCACUUUGAUCUUCAA